UGUUCGAUAUUAGCUACCAUAAGCCGCUUAAACAGUAUCUGUCAAUUUGUGGGAUAAAUCCGUAUCAGGAAGAUCGUACCAGUAAUAUUAUAGUAAUUGCAAUAAUGUGCAGUUUUAUGAGCUUCUUUGCUCCAACGUCUAUGCAACUAUACGAUGCCAUACGUGACAAAGAUUUCGAUAACGUCAUCCUAAAUUUACCGCAUAUACUUACAGUACUUGUCAGUGUUACAAAAAUACUAAACAUCUAUUCCAACAAAACGCUGUUUAGAAAAUUAUUUAAUUCCCUGGAAGAAGAUUGGAAAUUACUGGAAUCAAAAAACGAAUUACAAAUGCUAGAUAAAUUUACCAAACACGGCAAUAAAGUUGCAUGUCUGUACAGAAGAACGUUAUUAAUAGCUCUCGUAAUAUUUUUGUCCCUUCCGUUAUGUAAUCCCAUCCUAGAUAUUAUUAUACCAUUAAACGAAACCCGACAACGAAAUAAUGUAUUUCAAGUUCACUAUGGUAUCCUAGAUAACGAAGAACACUUUUACAUCGUGUAUGUGCAUUUAUCUCUUUGUGCGAUUAUUAUCGUGGUGACGAUAAUCUCGGUAGAUUCGUUAUACAUUACUAUUAUUUAUCACGCUUGCGGAUUAUUUGCAGUGUGUGGAUCCCAGGUUCAGAAAACUGCAGAAAAUAAUUUUGUCGAGAAAAAUGGCAUUAACAUACGCAACAUUGGAUACGAUGCUUUCAAAGAAUGCGUGAUGAUGCAUUAUAAAUGUCUUCAACUUUAUGACGCCCUCGAGAAAUGUUGCCGGAAUUUGUACUUGAUUACGAUGGUGUUGAAUGCAGUCAUUCUCAGCGUAACAGCUGUUGAAGUAAUUGUGUUCUUGGACCGACCGGCAGAAGCCAUCAGGGCUAUUGUCUACCUUAUAGCACAACAAUUUCAUUUGUACAUGUUUAGUCUACCAGGGCAAACAUUACUGGAUCAAAGCGUAGAAUUGGCCAAUAAAAUAUAUGACUCGGAUUGGUAUAAAAUACCGACAAAAGCUCAAAAGGUAUUUUACCUAAUGCAAGUGAGGUCCAACAAACCGUGUAUAUUGACAGCAGCGGGGAUAUACAAGAUGAACAUUGAAAGUUUUGGAAUAACUGUUAAAGCUUGUAUGUCGUAUUUCACCAUGUUCUUGUCACUGAGAGAAUAAUCGUUCGUACCUACUCGAAAAUAUUCGUUUCUAGUAAUUUUAUGGUUUAAUGAUAACCCAAUCUUACAUUUUCUAAGAGUUAUGUCAAUGUUAUAUGAUUAUGAUUACAUUCUGAAUGGAAAAAAGACAUAUAUUAUUGAAAUAAAAUGAUAUACUUUACCAAGUA